UCCAAAAACAAAAACUCAAACUGACCAUAUGUCAGCUCCUUCUAAAAGGAACUCUAGGCGUAGCACAACCAACGCUGCGCAGCGCUAACCAAAAGUUAAAUAAAAAAAAACAACUGUCAUUUUGUAACCGUCGCCGAACACCUGCCGAAUCUUUUUGUUUACCAAAGUAAAACAUAAAUUCUGAAUGAAAAUCUAAUUUAUAUUAAGUUUUAUGAAUUAAAAAUUGUGUAUUAGUGUGUGCUAGAACUGUACUUUCAAAUGUUUGGAAAGACAACACUGGAAAUUCAAGUAAACUAUGAGCGGCAUAGACAAUAAUAUCUUUGAAGUGAAACCAAAUUCAAAAAGCAAGAGAAAGAUCACUACUCCAUGCCCAAAUGCUUACCUGAACCCAGCGUUAGACCUGCUAGCCAACGAGGAUCCCAUGUGCAACACCGCCAUGGAAAUAGUACCGAUUAAAAAGCGUAAACGCUCCAGGAGCUGUGACAUCGCUGCGUUUGAAAACACCGGCCUAGAUUUAGGCAUCAGCAAGGCAGCUGUGAAUGCAUUUCUAGUGAGAGAACUUGAAAAUGUACGUCAGAAUAUGAAGUGUGCCAGUCCUAUCGUUGAAAGAGAAAAUAAUGCCCCAGCUGCAGCAACUGAAGCUGUUAUUGAAAGACAAAAUUUUGCUACGAUCAUGGAAACGGAACCUGUUAUUGGAAGGGAAAGUGUUACAUCAAUUACAGAUAUUGAGCCUGUUAUUGAAAGAGAAAACAUACCGAUCACAGAACCAGUGUAUGCCAAUUUAACAGACUUAUCCGUACCACAAGCAAGUUGCCCUGACGAGUCCAUCGUAGAAAUGAAUCCAACGCCUUGUAACGAUUUGUCUGGAUUUAACCCUGAUUUCAGUGAAAUCGAAAUGGAUUCUGGUAUAUCAGUUUUGGAGCAAAAAUCCUUGACCACUACUAAUACAAUCAGUCAAAUGAACAAUUUGACUGAUAUCUCUGGAAAUGCCACAAGUGUUACAAAUAAAGUUAUAAUAAACAAUACCAGCCAAAUAAACCUGAGUUUCAUAGACAGACUAGCUUUGGAUUCACCAAACUUGUCAAAUCAAUCAUUGUACCUUGACGAUGACCUGAAUGAAAGCAAUAUUAUGGAAGUAAAAACUAUAACUAUAAUAACCAAAAAGAAGCGAAUCAUAAGCAAAAAGAAGAAUACGAACCCAUUUUUAGACCCUAAUCUCAAUAUUGAACCAUCUGAAGAUUAUUCAAAAGAAUCUUGCAAUGAAACUCAAAAUCCUUUCCUAACUCUGGAUUCUACAAAGCCAGACCUAGAAUACAAUGAUGAAGUGAUGAGCAGACCAGCAGAAGUUCCAACACCACAGGGAAGUAAUUUAAUGCCUAGAAGAUUAUUUUCUGGUGAUACUAACAGCACUAUUUCAACGAUGAAUGAGUCUAUGAACGUUGACCAACAUGAAUAUGAAAAUAUCGAUGGAUAUCGAUCUGAAAGUCCCAUCUAUGAGAAUGUCAGCGGAGACUCCAUUGAUUCUGCUUACAACAAACAAAGCAAAAUAUUAGGCCAUGAUGUUUCAAGGUUCAGUGCUAUCGAUAUAAUGAAUUUAAAUAAACAUUCAGAAGCAAACAGUUCAAAUGAAUCUAAUGACAGUAAAAAAGAUUUGAAAUAUCAAUUGCUUAAAGCUGGUAAUAAAUUAUCAAAAAAAGUGUUCAAAACGUUGAAGAAAACUUUCAAACAUGACAAAGUUGAACAUAAUGUGACUUUGAACCCGUAUGAAGUACCGAGAAAACUACCAAAGCAGAAACUGCCUGCACCGAAAGAUUGCGGCAUAGAAAAUCCUGCUCUAAACCUGAACAAUUCUGAUGAAAUUGAGAUUGAAGAGUUGGACGAUGACGAAGAACACCAGUAUGAAACCGUUAAAACGCUCAGAAACACACAGCUCAAUAUGAAUGUCACACCUUUGAAGGAGAGAGAUGAAAAUGCUGAUUUUUCUCAUAGCAGACUAAACACUCCAGGGAAAAAGGUUCGUUUUGACUCAACGUUGAAUCGAGAGAAAGUGAUAACAGGAAACAGCUUUGAUUGUGAUAUACAAAGUCCAGGGUUUGAUGUGAAAAUUGAUAAAUAUCAUGAUGAAUUAGAAAACUGUAUAAAUGAGAAAAAGUUUUUGCAGCAAAAUAUGUAGAUGAUAAGAAAAUGAAUUUUAUAGGCCAAAUUGCUCAAUAUUUCACUCAAUGAAAAAACAUAUCUCUGACAAUGUUUGAAAUCAAUAGAAAUUAAAGAUCAUGUGAUUAAAUUUAAG